AUGAGGAAGAACCAUGGAGAUGAUCUCGCCAUGUGCCGAAAUCUGACCGUCCUAUAUCUCUAUGACAACAAGUUACCCAAGGUUCCUGUGCUGCUUCAGAACCAGAACUUAACACACCUGUACCUGCAGAACAACCACAUCACCAGAAUGGAGAACCUGGCACCACUACGGAGGCUGACAAAACUUUACUUGGGUGGCAAUUCAAUCACAGUUGUAGAAGGUUUAGAGAAACUGGACAUGCUGCAAGAGUUUCACAUAGAAAAUCAGAAUUUACCACCAGGAGAAAAGCUGCUAUUUGAUCCAAGAUCAUUAAAAACACUAUCAAAACGAGCUACAGAUAGAAAGGAGCUUAUUCUUCAAAGUUAUUUCGACUUUGACCCCGAGAAUGAACUACUUAACUAA